AUGUGGCGAUGUCCACUGGGGUUGCUGCUGCUGCUGGCUGGCGAGUUGGCCCUGGGUGCCCAGCGGGGUCGUGGGCGCCGGGAGCUAGCACCGGCUCUCCACCUGCGGGGCAUCCGGGAUGCGGGUGGCCGGUACUGCCAGGAGCAGGACCUGUGCUGCCGCGGCCGCGCCGAUGACUGCGCCCUGCCCUACCUGGGUGCUACCUGUUACUGUGACCUCUUCUGCAACCGCACCGUCUCCGACUGCUGCCCUGACUUCUGGGACUUCUGCCUCGGCGUGCCACCCCCCUUUCCCCCCAUUCAAGGAUGUACGCACAGGGGUCGCAUCUAUCCAGUCCUGGGAACCUACUGGGACAACUGUAACCGCUGCACCUGCCAGGAGAAAGGGCAGUGGGAGUGUGACCAGGAGCCAUGCCUGGUGGACGAAAACAUGAUCAAGGCCAUCAACCAAGGCAACUAUGGGUGGCGGGCUGGGAACCACAGUGCCUUCUGGGGCAUGACCCUGGAUGAGGGCAUUCGCUACCGCCUGGGCACCAUCCGCCCGUCUUCCUCCGUCACCAAUAUGAAUGAGAUUCAUACAGUGCUGGGCCCAGGGGAGGUGCUGCCCAGAGCCUUCGAGGCCUCUGAGAAGUGGCCCAACCUGAUCCAUGACCCUCUUGACCAGGGCAACUGUGCAGGCUCCUGGGCCUUCUCCACGGCAGCCGUGGCAUCUGAUCGAGUCUCAAUCCAUUCUCUGGGGCACAUGACACCUGUCCUGUCACCCCAGAACCUGCUGUCUUGUGACACGCACAACCAGCAGGGUUGCCGCGGUGGGCGACUUGACGGUGCCUGGUGGUUCCUGCGCCGUCGAGGGGUUGUGUCUGACCACUGCUACCCGUUCUCGGGCCAUGGGUGGGACGAGGCUGGCUCCGCACCCCGCUGCAUGAUGCACAGUCGGGCCAUGGGUCGGGGCAAACGGCAGGCCACCGCCCGCUGCCCCAAUAGCUAUGUCCAUGCCAAUGACAUCUACCAGGUCACUCCUGCCUACCGCCUCGGCUCCAACGAGAAGGAGAUCAUGAAGGAGCUGAUGGAGAAUGGCCCUGUCCAAGCCCUCAUGGAGGUGCACGAGGACUUCUUCCUGUACCAGAGCGGCAUCUACAGCCAUACACCAGCGAGCCUUGGGAGGCCGGAGCAAUACCGCCAUCAUGGGACCCAUUCGGUCAAGAUCACAGGGUGGGGUGAGGAGACGCUGCCCGACGGAAGGACGCUCAAGUACUGGACGGCGGCCAACUCGUGGGGCCCAGCCUGGGGAGAGAGGGGCCACUUCCGCAUCGUGCGCGGCGCCAACGAGUGCGACAUCGAGAGCUUUGUGCUGGGCGUCUGGGGCCGCGUGGGAAUGGAGGACAUGGGUCACCACUGA